ACGGCUCAAGACAUUCCCCUCUAUUGACGAAUACAAAUAAAUACCACCAAAAACGAAAAGAGAACAGAACUUCCAGUGCCUGUGAUAUGAAAUUUCUGGUAAUCUUGAUAUGAACUGGCAUAUAUAUAUAAGAAGCUAGUCACUGUCUUAGAAAACAGGUGAAACUGGUUAUUGUAGGAGUGGUCCGCAAGGAAUUAGCCAGUAUAUAUUGACUUCAAAGCUGCCUAGAAGAUCAUCUGCAUUUCCUUCAUCCCUUUGAUCCCAAAUGGCCAUUUCUUUGCAGAAGUUGAGUAUAGUUAUCAUUUCAGUUUUGGUUGUCUUCUUCCCUUGUCCACACUUUUCACUAUCCAAAACAUGUCCUUCCCAAGAAUCUGAAGCUCUUCUUCGUUUCAAAGAGGGCUUGAAUGACUCUGAAGGUCUUCUCAGCUCAUGGGUAAAUGGAACAGACUGUUGUACCAUGUGGGAUGGCAUAUCCUGCAACAAUCAUACCAACCAUGUAGUCUCUGUUUCUGUAAACUCUUUUGAAGGCGUUCAAGGUUUGAUAGGUGAAAGCUUGUGCCAACUUCGUUUCCUCAAAUCACUGACCAUAAACAGAGUAACAGGUACUACCACUCUUCCUCCAUGUUUGGGAAAUCUCCCUUAUAUUGACUCUUUAGAUUUAAAGAGUAAUGGCUUGAGUGGGAGGAUUCCCUCUUUUGUUUGUUUGCUCACUAGCCUUACACACCUUGAUCUUGGUAGCAAUAAAUUCAAUGGAACCAUACCUUCCUGCUUGAAAAAUCUUUCUUCUUUAAAAGACCUCUGGCUUUCUGAUAACCAACUCAGUGGAAGCAUACCAGAUUCUCUGGCAAAUAUUUCUUCUCUCAGGUGGCUUGACCUUGGAAAUAACCACUUAAGUGGGAGUAUACCUGCUUCUCUUGGAAGUCUCCCUUUGUUGUGGGACUUAACCCUUAUGAGCAAUCAAUUGAGCGGUAAUAUUCCAGAUUCCUUGGGUAAUCUGUCCUUACUUGAUGGGUUGUUGAUUUCCAAUAACCAACUAACUGGGACAAUUCCUCCUUCAUUUGCUCAGCUUUCCUCCCUUACAACCUUGUUUGGUGAUGGCAACCAUUUCAAUGAAACCAUCUCUUCUUCAUCAUUACCAGCUUCUUUAUUUAUGCUAGGUUUGUCACUAAACCAUCAGCAGAUAAUUUCAGAAACUUUCUUUCAGAACCUUACAAACUUAAAGUUUUUGGACUUAUCCGAUUGUGUGCUAAAUAUUAGCACAACCUGGAUUCCAUCUUUUCAGUUAACUGAAAUAAGCUUAGUGUCAUGUAAGAUUGAUGGAGAAAUUCCAUCUUGGCUUUCCACACAAUUCUCUGUUGUUACACUUGAAUUAGUUAACAACAGUCUUGUAGGAGAAAUUCCUUCUUGGCUAUGGGAAACUAGUUAUCAGUUGGAAUCUUUAAAUCUUUCACGAAAUCAUCUAGAAGGAAGUCUAUUCUCAAAUACUUCAACAUUGAUGCAACUAGAAAGGCUAGAUGUGUCUAGAAAUGCAUUGAGUGGGAACAUCCCAUCAAUAUCAUCUCCUUAUAUACAACAUUUGCUAUUCAAUGACAAUUUGUUUAGUGGCAAUAUUCCUCCAAGUCUGGGUAGAUUAUCUAUACUUGAGCAAUUAAAUCUGGCAAACAACUUCUUAAGUGGAGUGAUCCCUGCAAGCUUGUCCGAAUGCUCUUAUCUUCAAGUCCUAAAUUUGGCAAAUAAUAAUUUGGAAGGAAGCUUACCACAUGAGUUCAGUAAGCUAAGUCAUUUAUAUUCAUUAGUUGUCCAUAGCAAUAACCUGAGUGGAUCAUUACCUCCCUCAAUAGCCAACUGUUCAGAGUUACAGGUUCUAGAUAUUGGGAACAACUUAUUUGGAGGUGAAAUACCAACAUUUGUUGGAAACCUUUCAAAUUUGAGAGUGUUGGUGAUGAAAGAAAACAAUUUUACAGGAAGUAUUCCUUCAGAGAUUGGCCAACUAUUGAACCUUCAGAUCUUGCUCCUUUCUUCCAAUCAUAUCUCAGGUUCAAUUCCACAUACAAUUACAUCAUUGCAAGCAAUGGCAAUAGAAAGUCAAGAUGGUUUUAUCUUGUCCACAUCCCAAUUGUCUUAUGCGCUACUAUAUCAAGAUGGAUUGGAUAUGACUUUGAAAGGUACAAAUCAACACUACCCAUAUAUUCUUUCCACUCUCACAUCCAUAGAUCUGUCAAACAAUGAACUGGAGGGAGAAGUUGCUUCUGAUUUUGGGAACUUUAAGGGGUUGAGGCUUCUAAACCUUUCAUUUAACAAUUUGAAUGGAAGGAUUCCAAACAGUUUGGGAGAAAUGAGUCAGUUGGAGUCAUUAGACCUUUCCACAAAUAAAUUUUCAGGACAAAUCCCUGCAGAGCUUGAAUCUCUAAGCUAUUUGGGUUCACUAAAUUUAUCAAACAACAAUCUUUCAGGAAGCAUACCACAAGGACGACAUAUGACUGGCACAUUUGGAGAAUCCUCUUAUUCAGGGAAUGCAAAUUUAUGGGGAUGUCCCCUACCCAAAAAUUGUUCUUGGCCCCAAUUUGCCCCUCCUCCUCCUUUUCCAAUUAACGAGGGAAGGAAAAGCAAUGAGUAUCCAUGGUUUGAAAUAGCAGUGGGAUUGUCAUUUGGAGCAGCCUUUGGAGGGAUAAUGGGAUUGAUCUUGACAAGAAUUAGUUGGAGAAUGAAAUACUUCAAUACGAUUGAUACAAUCCUGAAGUUUUUGUUUCCAUGGAUGAAAGAUUUGACAUUAUGAAUGGAAACAUCUACAAUUGAAAGAAGUUUUAGAGGAAACUGUUUCUGGUAGGAUUGUCUCUUGCUCUGUCUGCUUCACAGUGAAAAUCUUAUCAGUCUUGGUCAGUGGUCUUGAAAGCAUAGUAAUCAUGGUUUGGGAAGGACCUACCCAAACAAAAAAUCUCAUGUAUGAAGAAAGGAAAGCUCUUUAAUUUUUCUUAAGUUAGCCAUUUUGU